AUGGAACGAUGCGCCCAGUUUGGAGCUGCACCUGAUACGAGAUGGGAACUAUCUGAAUCCGACGGCUGCCAAUGCAUCUCUGAGCGUCGGCAUACCCACCACAGGCCUAUUGAUGAGCUACUGGAGUGCGUUUACUUAGGCGAAACCCCCAUUGGCAAGUGUGUCGACGCUCUGAAGUGGCUUCUAGAGAGGAAGUUUGACAUGACAGAGCAGAAAGAUCAGCCCUGGUAUGCAGCAAACGACUAUUGCGACCAUGUCCCUGAAUUUCUGCUCAUGAUCCUGACCAAGAGUCCUGAUCGUGUCCGCACAGAAGGCAUUUGCCAGAUGACCAAGAUGCUGCACAGCCAUGGUUACUCACUCCCUUUCCACAUGAAUUUUGAUUCUUAUAUGAGUCGUAGCUGGGAAGAUCAUGGACUCGUACGCUCUAUCACAGGGCCUCUAGACGUGGCUCUACGCUCUCAUUGCCCACCUUAUCUUCUUGAGCUUGUCCUUCGAGAUUACAUGCGCCGUCUCGUAGUGGAAAUUAACCAACGUACUGAGCACGAUCUGGGGAUUUCCCUAGAUUUGAUGGAUAACUCUACGAGCUGGGCGGAAGUGUAUCGCGGUGAAGCUGCAGAUGUGUUUGAGCAGAAGAUCGAGAUUCUCAUCGAUUAUCAAGUGCUCAACCAGCUUGAAGAGACCAUGCUGAGAGGCAUCGUGGAGGCUAUGCGAUCCAUGACUACUCCUAAAAAGGCUAGCAGCAUUGGUUUAGUCGAUGAUUUGAACUCUCAGCGCUGCUGGGGAACGCUGUACAGUGCGAUCAUCCCUUUGAGGACUACCGAAGAUCAUUGGAUUUUGGACGACUGGGAUCUCAUUGAUCCAGCCAUUUUCCUUGGUCUUCCUCAUGAAUGCCAUCGUUUCAACAAUGACCCCGACUACAAUGUUUACAAGAUGUAUCACGACUAUCAGAUGCAGAACGACCAAAUUAGGUCGACGCUGAAUCGUCCGUGGGAUAGCGAGGGAGUUGCAAGGAGAGAUGACAGAAAGUGGGUGUAUCGCGAGUGGAGGCAUGUGUUUCACAGCAACGAUGGUACAGGCCUAGGAAUGCUGGGAGGGGAGGACUAUUGGAGAUUACCCAGAUGGACCCAGGGGGGCAGCUUCGCGGAUAUUGACAAGGCUGUAUGUGAGCGGUGGACGGAACUUGAUGGCAAGAAGCGCACCGCUCAUGGCCUUUAG